AGUUUGUUUCGGCACCGGCGACCCCACCCUCUCUCCCUCUCCCAAGAGGCUCCCCUUCCGCGGUGAUGUCGAGCGGCCGGCCCUCAGUCACCUUUUCCCCCGGCCGGGGGAGCGGAGUGGCUAUAAAUCACAAUACAGUACAGUAGGGGGCCGCCGGGCGGGUUGGUUGGUUGGCGUUCAAAUUCGAAGCAAACCUCACUACGAGUCACGCGUGCCGUCGUCUAUCCCGUCUCUGUACAUUACCUCAGUCCGGUCCCACUGUACCGCGAGAAGUAUCGCCGUGUGCGGUACAGUACCCGAUAACACGCGUUACGACGCGUUGAAAACGCGUAAAAACGCGCUGAACGCAAGCAUCAUGCAUCCGCGCAACGUGACGUCCGCCAGUAGGCGCACCCGCCGCGGGUACAGUAGCCACCGCUGGUCAGUACAGUGCCCGCUGUUGUCUGGCGCAGCGACCACUGAUUCCGCGCACCCGCGCGGUCCGUAGAGGGGGUGGAUGAUGUUGUGUUGUUCUACUGCAGCUGUCCUUCCUUUCAUGCCACCUGGCUGUGUCCCUUCCUUCGCUGGGAUGCUCCCAAUCCCCCCGCGGAGGACUCCUGAGUUGACUCAGAAGCCACCUCGACUCGAAGCUCAUGACCAAAGACAGCUACUAGCUGGUAGUACCACUACUAGUGGCCCACUCUGUGCUGCUACACGUCCGUCACAGUAGCUACCGUAGCAGAUGCGACCCCUUCCUGUCUGACCAGGCUUUCCGACCGACGACUGCGGCGUUUUUUGCAAGGCAUCGCCUACUAUAGUCGUCGCUCCACCCUAUCAUUCCACCCUUCCCUUGGAUUAAUUAGGUUCGGUUCCAUCUGAGUUUCGCCUACUACUAUUAGUACUACACGUUACGGCGUCCCGGCUUAGUUCGGGCCGCUCAAUUCCGGAGUAACUCGGCUGGGUGCCGCCGCCGCACCGCUCCCGCCGCGCCGCGCGACUUAUCCUUGAUGGGGGGCCACCUAGCUGAGCCGCCGCCGCCAUGGCUAGUAGCACUCCCGCCAACGCCGAGUCAGCUGCUGCGGGAAAUAGAACUCGUCAUUGAAGGAGAAGCGUCGCCGUCGCAGCAGAAGCACCACCUCGGCACUGCCGCCUCUGCUUCCGCCAGUGGCUCUGGCCUUGGCUCUGACCCUGGCAGUGGCAGGCGCGCGACUCCGAGUCGCGAUGCGGCGGGGGGGCGGACGCCGCCGCAGCCUCACCGUGACGGUGACGGUUCGGACCACCGCUUCGGUGGCAGCGGCGGCAGCGGCGGCAGCGGCGGCAGCGGUGGAAGCGGCAGCUGCGGAAGCGGCAGCGGCAGCGGCAGCAGAUCAGAGUCCGACUCUGAGUUAACUGGCUCGGCGACCGCGGCGACCACUGCGGCCACGGCGGCCGCGACUACUACUACUACUGCCACUACUUCUGGUGGUCGGAAGGAGCAUUUCCGCGGCGCGAUGGAGGAGAUGGCUCGCGCCGUGCACGGCACGGACGGGCAUUGCUGGCUCAAGUACGGGCAGAAGCAGCUCGCGCGAUGCCGCAGCACCGUCAGGUGCUACUACCGGUGCGCGUCGUUCCGCAGCGCCACGUGCCCGAUGAAGAAGACCGUUGACAUGGACAUGCGCCGCCCGCUCUCCCCCUCUACUGUCACCGUCACGUACAGCGGCGGCUCACACAACCACCCGCAGCCGCCCCAUCUGCAGCCGCCCGAUCUGUUGCCGCCGGCGACGCCUCUGCAGGAAGGCGCAAGCAAGUGGAUAGUGAACGAGAGGAACGCGAGCGACGGUGCGGCUACAGCUGGAGCUAGUAGUCAGUGCACUAGCAGGAGCACCAGCGGGGGCGAGGCAGCAGACGGUGGUGGCUCUGGCGCUGGCGCUGGAUCUGGCUCUGGCUCUGGCUCUGGCUCUGGCUCUGGCUCUGGCUCUGGCUCUGGCUCUGGCUCUGGCUCUGGCUCUGGCUCUGGCUCUGGCUCUGGCUCUGGCUCUGGCUCCGGCUCUGGCUCUGGCUCUGGCUUUGGCAGUGCGUGCGAGCCACCUCUUGAAGCUGAGUUGCUCGUGCCCGAGCUAGCAAGCCUUCUGACGGACCUGAUGGAGCCUGCUGCCCAUGAGCCAAGCAGUCUACGGAGUCAGCCGAGUGAAAUGCGUCACGAGUCGGACCUGAUGGAGCCUGCUGUCACGCUGCGACCGCCGGCGCCGGCGGCGACGACUACUGCAUCCUUGGGGGUAGAGCCGCCUCUCCUACACCACGGUGGCUCUCACCCAGCGUUGACGAGCUUUCCGCCGCUGCCGUCUGCCAAUUUUCCGGCCAGUGGGCCCACCAGCUGUGGCCUCCAUCGGGAGCCACGGGAGACAUGGGGGACACGGGAGUCACGGGGGCUACAGGAGCCACGGGAGGCACGAGAGGCAUGGGAGGCACGGGAGCCCUUGGUGGCUGCAGAGCCGUUGGAGCCUGCAUUGGCUGUUGCUCGCAGUCACCCUGCCUUCGCCCAGCCGCACGCUGCAGUGGCAUUUCAGCCGGGCCCCGCAUUGUCGCAGGGGAGCGCGGUCGUGGAGUGGUCGUCUGACCAAGUGCAGCACCUGCUGGCGCUGCUGGCAGGCGCGGAGGCAGGUGGUACAGCGGCAGGGGGGAUCAGCUCAGAGGCAGGGGCGAUGAAGGCGAUGUUGGCGUUUCAGGGGGUGCAGGCGGUGCAGGGGGUGCCAAAGAGUAGGCAGGAGCAGACGCGUGUGGCCUGGCAGGUGCCCGACACUGAGCUGACGUCGUCAGUACCUUCUGAAACCCCUCAAACGCCAUCACUGCCUCCCGCUGCUGCUCGUGCUCCUGCCAUUGCUGCUGCUGCUGCUGCUCCUCCUGCUCCUGCUGCUGCUGUGUCCUUGAUACAGCAGGAACGGUGUGGGCGCAGGCCUGUCUUCUUGGAAGAGGAGCCCUUGCCAUGUGUACCUGGACUCGAUCUCCUCCCAUCAGACAUCUUCUGGACAACACCCACCUGGGACCCGGACACCCUCCUGCCUUCCGCCACCCCUCUCAAUACCGGCACCAGCACCACCAGCAGUGGUGCUCAGACGGACCCCGAGCCUCAGCCCGAGGCUCUGCCGGGCCUGGACAGGCAUGGUGGUGAGGCUCUUGCUGGGACUGGGCAGAACCGCUUGUCAUGCGCAUGGGAAGGGGAGGAGGAGCAGUCUGAAAGGGCCCACUGGAGCAGGAUGACGCUGGCUCCCACAACGACGCUGGCCCAAGAAGACACCUGGAUGCCAGAGGCUGCAGGGCUGAGGGGGGACUCUGUUUGGGAAAAGGGAGAAGUUGCACGCAAAAGAAAAGAGGUGUGGCAAGAGAACGACAAUGAGGGGAAAAGGAGGAAGUUUCUGGGCCAGCAGCAACGGGGAGGGCUUGUUGACUGUUGGAGUCCUGUGUCUCUUGGGGGCCAUGACUCAUCUUGUCGAGGGCUGGAAAUUCCGCCCUUCUGGACUCCUGCCAGCUUUUCAGGUCCGUGUGAAGCAACAAGCUGGUAUCAAGUGGCUGGGGAUGACAUUGAAUCCGCAAUAUCACAACUGUCUGGAUUCCUCAGUGAAGGGGACCUAGGGAGUCCUUUUGACCAUGUCGAGGGGUUUUAUCAUGGUUGUUCCUUGCCUUGUCGCCAGAUGGAAUCAGCUUAGGUUUUUGCGAUGUGGGCGCAUUGUCAGGUGGCCGUUAAUUGGCGGCAGCAUGCAUUCCGCAACACAUUGUUGGAGCGCUGAAAUUUUCUCCAAUUUUCUCAUUUUUGUCGUGGCACUGGGAUAGCCUUGUCGAACCUCUUCUCUCUCCAGGGAGCGUGUCA